UAUUUAAAAAACAGAAUGUUUCGCCUACGAUUCGGCCUCGGCGGACUUGCCUACCUCCUCCUGCUCUCCGGUCCACUGCUGGCUUCUUUGCGUCCUUACUCCGCCUCUGCUUCUGUAAACCCUAAGACCGGAAACUCCGUCUCUGCCAAAGCAGCAGCCAUGAUCAUGAAAGCUCCUCCAGUAGCUAAGAAGGUAAGGCACGAGAUGGAUAUGUUCGGAGACGCGAGGAUCGAUAACUAUUACUGGCUUCGGGAUGAUUCUCGGUCCAAUCCGGAGGUCAUCUCUUACCUUAAAGAGGAGAAUGCAUAUACCGAUUUCGUCAUGGCUGGGACAAAACACCUUGAAGAUCAAAUUUAUGCUGAGAUAAGAGGGAGAAUCAAGGAGGAUGACAUCUCUGCACCUGAACGCAAAGGGCCCUAUUACUACUAUGAAAGGACAUUGGAGGGAAAAGAAUAUGUUCAAUACUGUAGGUGCCUUAUAUCCAAUGCUUCUGCACCCCCUUCUGUGUAUGAUGUUAUGCCAACUGGACCUGAUGCUCCUGGAGAGCAUGUUAUCCUAGAUGAGAAUGUGAAGGCUCAAGGACAUGACUAUUACAGCAUUGGAGCUUUCAAAGUCAGUCCAAAUAAUAAGUUGGUGGCAUAUGCAGAAGACACAAAAGGAGAUGAGAUCUAUACUGUUUAUGUGAUUGAUGCUGAGACUGGAACUCCUAUUGGGAAGCCUCUUGUAGGUGUAACAUCUUAUCUUGAAUGGGCUGGUGACGAGGCACUGGCUUAUAUUACAAUGGAUGAAAUCCUUAGGCCAGACAAGGUGUGGUUACAUAAAUUGGGAUCUGAGCAAUCAAAUGAUUAUUGCCUUUAUCAUGAGAAGGAUGAUAUGUUUUCUCUUGACCUCCAAGCCUCUGAGAGUAAGAGGUUUUUAUUUGUUGCUUCUGAAAGCAAAAAUACACGUUUUGUCUUCUACCUCGACAUUUCUAAGCAAGAAGAUGGCCUUGUGGUGUUAACACCUCGUGUACAUGGUGUUGACAUAUCAGUCAGCCAUCGUGGAAAUCAUUUUUUUAUCAAGAAGAGAAGUGAUGAAUAUUUUAAUUCAGAAUUGCUUGUUUGUCCACUGAAUGAUACAUCUGCAACAACAGUUAUACUACCACACCGGGAUAGUGUGAAAAUACAGGACAUGCAACUAUUUAAGGAUCACCUGGUUGUAUAUGAGCGUGAAAAUGGUCUUCCUAAAGUAACCAUUUAUGGUCUUCCUGCUGAUGGGGAACCAAUUGAAAGACUUCAAGGUGGUCGGACUGUUGACUUUAUUGAUCCUAUAUAUUCUGUGGAUCCUUCAGAAUCUCAAUUUUCUUCCAGCAUUUUACGAUUUUCUUAUAGCUCGAUGAAGACUCCCCCAUCUAUAUAUGAUUAUGAUAUGAACUCAGGCAUUUCUGUUUUAAAGAAGAUUGAGACCGUAUUGGGAGGUUUUGAUGCAUCAAAUUAUGUAACUGAGAGGAAAUGGGCUACUGCUCUAGAUGGCACUCAAAUUCCUAUUUCAAUAGCUUACCGCCGGAAUCUUGUAAAGCUUGAUCGAUCUGAUCCAUUAUUACUUUAUGGCUAUGGCUCUUAUGAGAUAUGCAUUGAUCCCAGUUUCAAGGCAUCAAGACUCUCUUUACUGGACAGAGGCUUUAUUUUCGCAAUAGCUCACAUUCGUGGUGGUGGUGAAAUGGGGAGACAGUGGUAUGAAAAUGGAAAGCUAUUGAAGAAGAAAAACACAUUUACUGAUUUUAUAGCUUGUGCUGAGUAUUUGAUUGAGAAGAAAUACUGCUCGAGGGAAAAGUUGUGCAUUAAUGGGAGGAGUGCGGGGGGGUUGCUUAUUGGUUCUGUUCUGAAUAUGCGGCCUGAUUUGUUCAAGGCUGCAGUAGCUGGAGUUCCAUUUGUAGAUGUUUUGACUACUAUGCUUGAUCCAACUAUACCCCUCACAACUUCAGAGUGGGAGGAAUGGGGUGAUCCACGGAAAGAAGAAUAUUAUUUCUACAUGAAGUCCUAUUCCCCUGUUGAUAAUAUUAAGCCACAAAAUUACCCAAAUAUUCUUGUUACAGCUGGUUUAAAUGAUCCCCGAGUUAUGUAUUCUGAACCAGCAAAGUUCGUGGCAAAGAUGAGGGAAAUGAAAACUGAUGAUAAUAUACUGUUAUUUAAAUGUGAGCUUGGUGCUGGCCACUUCUCGAAGUCAGGAAGGUUCGAGAAGCUUCAAGAGGAUGCCUUCACCUAUGCUUUUAUGCUGAAGGCCUUGGACAUGGUUCCUGCUCUUGAACACUAGGCACGCUGAUGUAUCAAAAUUUUCUUAAUUGGAUCUAUAACAUGCAUUACUUAAUAUUAUAUUUAUUUUGUACUUGAAUUUAGAAUGAGAAUGCAAACUGAUGGUGGCUCGUUGUAUGAUACGAACCUCUUUCCUUCAUUGAGAAGAAUAGAGGAUUCCCUCGAGCUGUAGUUCUAAAGCACCGCUCAGAGGGGAUUCGAGACCUACUCUCAGAGAAGACACGAAAUAAAAGAAAUGUAUAUUAAUUGAUCGAUGAUUCUAUUA